AGAGCCAAAGCAGGCAGGAUAUGGGCAAAAAAACAACUUAUCCCCCUGCGAGGCUGCCCCCAGAGCAGCUGAAGCGGCGCUCAUGCUGAGGGUCUCGGCUGCCGGGAGCCCAGUCCGACCAGAUCUGCUGCUAAUCCAGCAUAAGCAGCGACAACCUGCUGGACUCUGUGGUUCCUUACUCUUCACUUCUGGCCCGUUGGAAAGUUGUGCUGUGGCCUCCCCCGAGGAUGUGAGGAUGCCAUCUUUGCAGGCGCUCUGAGGGGAAGCUGUUUGGAAGUUCAUGGCCAAAUGCAGAGCGGUGGUGGCCGAGGAAAAGCAGUUUAGAGGCACGAUGUCGGCCACGCAGGGGAUGAACCGCAGCGGCGUCUACAACUACUUCCUCAACAUGGUGGCCUAUCAGAUCUGCUGCUGCUGUGGCCCGGCUCCCUGCUCGCUCUGCUGUGCCUUCUGUCCUCCGGUCAAAUCGUCCACCAGCACCAGGGUCAUGUACACUCUGUUCCACAUCAUGAGCUGCGCCGUUUCCUGCCUCAUGCUAUCCAGAACCGUCUCCGAGCUCGUCAGGGAAAAUGUGCCUUUCUUCAACGUGGUGUGCGACCAGGCGCACGGCGGAGGCCACUGUGAGAUGCUGGUCGGAUACUCGGCCGUCUACAGAGUCUGCUUCGGCACUUCCUGUUUCUACCUGAUGAUGGCGCUCUUCCUCAUCGACGUCAAGUCCAGUCAGGACUUCAGGGCGAUGAUUCACAACGGCUUCUGGUUCCUGAAGUUGAUCACGCUGCUCGGGAUGUGCACCGCUGCCUUCUUCAUCCCCACAGAGUCCUUCCUGCACGCUUGGCAUUAUGUUGGUGUGGUGGGAGGAUUUGCCUUCAUCCUCAUCCAACUCAUCCUCAUCACAGCUUUUGCACACACCUGGAACAAGAACUGGUUGACCGGGGCAGCAGAGAACAAGCGGUGGUACCUGGCGGUGAUGUGCGCCACCCUCUUCUUCUACACCAUCGCCACCAUGGCCUUCACCUUCAUGUACAAGUACUACACCCACCCCAUCGCCUGCCACUUCAACAAGGCGCUGCUGUGGAUCAACCUGGGCCUCUGCGGCCUCAUGUCCUUCAUUGCCGUCACUCCGUGUGUGAAGCAGAAACAGCCUCGCUCUGGCCUCCUUCAGGCCUCCAUCAUCAGCUGUUACGUCAUGUAUCUGACGUUCUCCGCUCUGUCCAGCCGCCCGCCAGAGAAAGUUGUGUAUCAGGGCAUGAACAUGACCGUCUGUUACCCCAGUGUGGGACAAGACGGCAUCCAGAACGAAGGCAACGCUGUGGCUAUAAUUGGAGCCGCCAUCAUGUACUGCUGUGUGCUGUUUGCAUGCAAUGAAGCGUCCUACCUGGCUGAGGUGUUCGGCCCGUUUUGGAUGAUUAAAGUUUAUCGUUAUGAGUUCCAGAAAGCCACCUGCUGCUUCUGCUGCCCCGAGGAGGAGGAAGUUGAAGAGGAUUUUGUGAUCGACGACGAGAACAAAGGCUGUCAGAAGGUGAUUCACAACGAGACCCAGCGAGUGGCUUACAGCUACUUCUUCUUCCACUUUGUCUUCUUCUUGGCGUCGCUGUACGUCAUGAUGACCCUCACCAACUGGUUCAGCUAUGAAUCAGCGGUUCUGGAGACCACCUUCACCCACGGCAGCUGGUCCACGUUCUGGGUGAAGAUGUCGUCCUGCUGGGCCUGUGUGAUGCUCUACCUCUGGCUGCUGCUGGGUCCUCUGUGCAGCUGCCAGUCCGAGUCCAGGCCUCGGCGAUCCCGGAUCAAACGCCGCUCAGCGUCCUCCCGCCACGUCACCGUCAGCGUCUGACACCAGGCGAGAUGUUGACAGGAGGUCAGACGACUGGGAGCCUCCCUGCGGCGCCCAGCGGGAGGAAACUGACAGGAAUGGAGGCCGCGGAGGUCAGAGGUCAAAGACUCACCGUGCUGUGAGGAGCACCAACGAAGAAGAAGAAGAAGAAGGCUGAGCUUCCUGUUGACAGAACUGGCCACAGGCGUGAAGUCACAGGAUCCUGAAAUGAAACCACUAACAAGGACGUGACGGUGGUUUGGAAACAUUCUUACAGUACGAAUUGCCAAAGGGAUCAGAAGGAGAGGAGGGAUUUACAGUGAGCAGAUGAAAGGACGGAGACAUUUAUGAGUUUUUAUUGUUUAAUUUGAGUAGUGUUUUUUAUUGUUUGGCAGUAUUUAGUCAUUUAAUAUUAUAACAGAGGAGGAGGUGAAGAUGUUUGCUGAAGUCUUGCUACAGAGGAUCACAGCCCCUUUUUUUUCUUCUGAUACAUGAAACCAGAGAACCUUGUCCCUCCUCUGAUCAUAGAGAAAUAAUUGAAGGUUGUGAGCAUGAACAAGUCUUUCAAAAGCUGCAAACAUGGAACCAAAUGCAAGUUCAAACAUGACUUACAAAGCAAGAACGGGAAUCACCAUAAAUAUCUGUAGAACAAGCACAGAAAUAAACUAAAUAUGCAGAUAGAUCCUCUCCAAUCCUGGUGGGCGUUGCAGCUAAACGCUACAAAAGCUGUCCUCUUUGAUUUAAUCUGCACAAUCUCUCUGAAGGGUUUUUAUUUUUCACAUAUGCAUAAUCCAACUUUUAAUUCUUGAAAAUUAAAAAUAAGGAAAGUUUAAAUUCCAAUCUGAAAUAUUAGUUUCACACAUACAGAUAUAGUCUGAUGAUAUAAGCACAGUCAAAUUCAUUUACAAACUAGUUACAGUGGAACAUUUAAGCACUUUAGACAGAUAACAGAACUCCUUGUAAAACCACUACUUUUACAUUUUGCACAAAUGAGUCCAAGUCCGACAUGUUGAUUAGAGCAGGGAAUGACCGAUAUGAUUUUAUCAGGAGUGAAACUAAUUAUUAGUAAUCAAGAAGACCUAUAAUCGAUACACUACCGUUCAGAAGUUUGGGGUCAUUUAGAAAUGUCCUUAUUUUUGAAAGAAAAGCAGUUUUCCAAUGAAGAUAACAUUAAACUAAUCAGAAAUCCAGUGUAGACAUUGUUAAUGUGGUAAAUGACUAUUCUAGCUGGAAACAGCUGAUUUUUAAUGGAAUAUCUCCAUAGGGGUACAGAGGAACAUUUCCAGCAACCAUCACUCCUGUGUUCUAAUGCUACAUUGUGUUAGCUAAUGGUGUUGAAAGGCUCAUUGAUGAUUAGAAAACCCUUGUGCAGUUAUGUUAGCACAUGAAUAAAAGUGUGAGUUUUCAUUGGAAAACAUGAAAUUGUCUGGGUGACCUCAAACUUUUGAACAGUAGUGUACGUUUGCAGUAAAAAUGUAAAUCUUGGUGUCAAAACACCAACUCCAACUUAAACCCUGGUUGAAAUACCUUUAAUAAUUAAAGGAGAACAUCCAACGGUGAUUAUUGCCAAUUUCUUGUGAUGUGUAACCAGUCAGGUGACUAAAUAUAUAGAGAGGCGGCAGCAUCAGAUCCAAAGAAGCUCAUGUUCGAUUAUUUGAUUUUAUCUGCGAUCGGUUUAAAAAAAAACAAAAAAAACCAAUACAGCUAAUCUGCAAAAUGCUGAGUAUUGGCUCUGAUAAACAUCCAGAACGAUAACUGGUCGACCCCAACCUCAGAGAGCUUUGGUCUGGUGAACUCGACACAUAUUUGAGCUUUGAAUAAAGUUUCAGUCCUUAUGCUGACUUCUAGCUACAGCUCUCGUAAAUGCUGAUCUCAUAAAAAAGGUCAAAAAACGUUCUCAAGUUGUCAAAACUUUGCUGUUCCUCCACUUUCCCAGAUUUUACCUGCUUGAACAUCUACUAAGGACUUUCCAGUCUCGCUAUAUAUGAAUUUUAAUGGGACUAAAUCUAAAAUGAGCUGGUGGAGUUACAAUGAAUGAAAAAGUGUGUAUUUACACAGAAUAACUGUGUGAGCUUUAUUUCAAUUAGUGCUGACAUUUACAAAGCAGAACAUUUACAAACUGAACCAGUUUAGCUGCAUCUUGUGAUCCGUUCAAACACUUCAGCUCAUGAUUCUCGCCUGCGACUCAACAAUUUGUUCAUGUGUUCAAACAAAACCUGAAGUGUCCGAGAUCACAGGAGCAGAAAUGAAACAGAUUUUUAAAUGCUGAGUGACGGAAGGUUUCCGAGAGCGACUUGGCUACAGUCAAACAGAAAAAUACCAUAUUGUGAAAGGUCAGGACAGGAAGAAACACUUUGUGUUUGAUUUACAGUGAGAAAGAAGCUGUAUGUUCUCAUUAUGCUGCCCUACAGCUCAUCAUCCACUUACAUAUUCACCACUAAUGUCCAUCCCCUCCAAGAAUGUCUGAAGCUGAGCUGAGUGUCUGUGAUGACUCCUGUACAGUUAAUGAGCAGUCAUCUGGCACAGUUAAAAAAAAAUAUAUGUACAUUUAUAUUAUCUGCAGUUUAGUUUAGUGUUUCAUUUAGAUGUAAAGAUUUUUGUAAAUACACUGUUUUCUUACAAAAAUCGCUGUUUUUGUGUCUUUUCUCUAACUUUACCUCCAAAUUGUGAACUUCUUCAGGAAGUUUCUAUGUAAAAGCCGCCAUUAUUCCAACACUGCAUAGACAUAAAAAAACUCUUUUGGCACAUGGAUAUGAGGUUUGAGAGCAAAUGUGAUAAUUCAAAAGCACUACACAAGGCACAAAGAGGAAGCUGUCGCAAAGCAAAUUAUACUGUUGUAGCUAAUCAGUGCCACACAAUAAAAUACUGUAUAUUCCAAAAAACUCUCUUUCAUGUAAAGUAUCAAAGAGCAGACCUGAUUUAACACACUAUAAAAACACAAAUAAGCAACGCAGACGCUACGAAGGACAUCACACGAGCGACACACAGGUAAUGUGUUAUGAUUUAAGCUUAUUUUUAUAUAUAAAUACAUUGUGAAGCAGUAUUAUGUUAGAUAUCAUGAGUAGAGAUUAAAGAAAAAUCCACCGUCUGAUCCAGUCAGUCUGUAAUGCUCACUGUUUCAGUUUUGGCACAUUAAUUCUACUUUUAUACAUUUUUCAGAAUGCUUUAUUACUUAAAAUGUACCUAAAGU